ACGCCUUCUAUGUCAUGCAUUACAGCCUCCUAAAAAGAUAUUCUUGUGAAAGGAUGCCUCGACCGUUAAUCUGGAUGUACGUCCAGGUGAUCCUGAGUCCCUGACUCUCCUCUCCAUUCAACAGAAAUAAUGAACUUUUUACCGGGAAAAAAAUUGCCCGGGAAGGUGGGGUUGAAGAGUAAUAACAAACCAUUUGGCAUGGAAGGUUGCAGUCUCACCCAACCAUAAACUGACGAGCGACAACAGUUUCUGAGGUGGCCUUACAAGUUACAAUGCGUUGUUUUUCUAUGUCACCCACCAUGGUUGAGUGCGCUCUGCAAAAGCUGCGCAACGCCAAAUCAUGUAGUUUCAAAGCGAUUUCCAGCUUGACCACCCUUUCUGAUAAGAACCCGAUUGAAGAGCUUGAGAUUCAAUACGAGAACUCAAUCAAUUUGCGCCAUUUAAGUCAUGUCUUGGAUGACUGCACAAGCACCUACGACUUCCGAAUGGGCAUGUGCGUCCAUACCCAACUGCUAAAAUUUCAUUAUUGUGGCUUUAUCUCCUUAUGGAACAAGCUCCUCAGUCUUUACUCUCGGAGCGGGAAGAUUCGAUGUUCAUGUCAACUGUUUGAAACAAUGCCUGAAAGAGACAUAGUUUCUUUUAAUACAGUUAUUUCGGCUUAUUUAAGCCAUGAUCUUAAUAUGGUCAAAAUCCUGCACCUUUUCUUCAAAAUGCAAGAAGAAGAUGUCAAGCCCAACCACAUUACCUUCUCCAUGUUAAUCAGAACUUGUGUGCGCUUUGCUAAUUCACUCUUGAUAGAACUACUACAUGCCCAAGCAAUCGGAUACGGUUUAAGUUCUAAUGAGUUUGUUGGGAGCUCUUUGGUUGAUGGAUAUGCAAAGCAAAAGAGGUUAGAAGAUGGCGUACGUGCGUUCGAUGAGAUAGCGGUGUUGGAUUUGGUCUCAUGGAAUAUCAUGAUCGAUGCCUGUAUAAGUAACAAUGGUCAAGGGCAUGCUUUGCGAAUCUUCUCUCGGAUGCAACAGGAGGGUGUAGGAUUUGAUGGCUACACCUUGACAAGCAUCACAAAGGCCUGUUCAGAACCAGGAGACUUGUAUCUGGGCUUGCAGCUUCAUGGUUGCAUGAUAAAAUCAGGGUUUGUUUCUGAAACACCAGUCACCAAUACACUAAUAACCAUGUACUCUAAGUGUGAAGAAGGAAUGGUGUCUGCUACCCAGAUUUUUGGGACAGCUCUUGCACCCAACAUUAUCUCUUGGACUGCAAUACUAGCUGGGUUCAUGCAAAAUGGGCAGAAUGAAGAAGCAGUUGGGUUUUAUAAAAGAAUGCUGAGAGUAGGCAUGAAGGAAAAUGAGUUUAGUUUUGCUAGUAUCCUCCCAGUUUACAGUAGUUUGGCAAGCCUCGAGCAAGGAAGGCAAAUCCAUACUAGGAUCAUCAAAUCACAUUGUGGUUUUGAUGUAUCAGUGCAGAAUGCUCUUUUAGAUAUGUAUUCCAAGUGUGCCAGCUUAGCAGAUGCCCAGUUAGUGUUCAUGACUAUGGAAAACCAUGACGUGGUAUCAUAUACAGUGAUGAUUACAGGAUUUGGUCAACAUGGGAAGGGAAGAGAGGCUCUUAGUAUCCUUGAAGCAAUGACAAUUAAAGGAUUGAAACCAGAUAGUGUUACAUUGCUUGGAUGCCUAUCUGCAUGUAGCCAUGGAGGGCUUGUAGAUGAAGGGCUUCUAGUUUUUAAGUCCAUGAUUGAUGUUCAUUGUGUCAAGCCUAGAAUGGAACAUUAUGCUUGUGUGGUCGACAUCUUGGGUCGUGCAGGGAGAUUGAAAGAAGCAGAGGCAUUUAUUGAAAAUAUGGAAAUAAAAUCAGAUGCAUUGGUAUGGGAAGCAUUGCUUGGUGCUUGUAGGAUUCAUGGAGAGACAGAACUGGGAGAAAAGUCAGCAGCAAAAAUUAUGGAAUUAGAACCACAAAGCCAUAGGCCAUACGUACUUUUAGCAAAUAUAUAUGGUGACAAGGGAUUGUGGGAGGACAAGGGCAAGGUGAGGCAGAAAUUGGGUGCAAGUGGGUUGAGAAAGGACGCUGGGCGCAGUUGGGUGGCGUUCCAGGACACAUUGUAGAUGUUUGGAGCAAUAGGGAACAAAGAAAUAUGCUCCUGAAAACAAUCCAUUGAUGAUCAUCAAUGAAGCAUAAUCUGAAACAGUUUCAUCAAGGCAUUGAGCAAGACAGAAUGUAACAGUUAUAAAAGAAGCUGGACUCAUAAGUGAACAGAACAAAUGGUCCUGCUCCCUCUGGCUGCAAAGUGCAGUGUAGACUCCUUGGAAAUAUUGUAAGAGCAAAAAUCCACUAAUCUCCUUCAGUUCUGCAAUAAUCCAUGAAUGGAGCCAAAUCUGAAAUUCAUAGCC